AGUCAGUGAGUGAGUGAGUGGUAUUUGGCUUAUAUAUAUAUAGAUAUAGAUUUUAGAAAUUUAAUUUAAAAUAUGCUACAUAUAUUUUCCAACAAAUGCAAAUAACACGGUAACAGAUUAUACUUUAUAAAAUAUAUGCACUCUUAUAAAAAAAACUCUUAUAACAACUCUUAUAAAAAACAAAAUCAAAUAUAAAAUCAAAUACAAUUGUACUUUACUUAAGUAACAUAAAGGAACGAACAGAUUAUAAUUCUCAAAACAUAUGUAACUCUUAUUUUGUACGGAUAUGCAUUGCCAUCGUCUUAUUAGAAUAAUUAUUAUUAAUAUUAACUGUCAAAAUAAUAUAAAAUACCAUUUCAUAAAAGUUAUGUUUACUUUUACAGUUAACCUUUUAUUUGUUUAUCUUUUAAUAAACAAUUUUCUAAUAUUUCAUUAAUAUUAAAUAGAUUGAACCGAAUAUUUACCUGUCAAAUAGCAUAGAGAACCAUUGCGCACAUACAAAUGUAUAUCUAUAUAUAUAUGAAAAUAGCGGAAGUGUCUCAAUAUGGCGGAGCCAAUCAGCGAUGAGUCCCUACAUCGGCCACACUCUCCCUUGACCUUCUCUAGUUUCAGACCGCAGGGUUACUUGAGGGUCUCUAACCACGCGCGUCAUGAAGGCCGCCAUAUUCUUGCAAACGAUCACAGUUCGCGUGUCUCUUACUUGAGGGUCUCUAGACUAACCUAAGAUUUAACGCAAGUAGCCGAUUUCUUUAUAAUUACGACUGUGGACAUUUUGCUGUAAGCACGCGAAACUAUGAAAUCUGAAGAUCUUUUUGAGGUUAUACAUACCAGGACAAAAUGAAGAGAUCUCGAAAGGAUGAUGAAGAGAACAAGGAACAACUUCGCAAGCGCAGAGAUCGCAAACACGACGACGAUCUCAGAGAAUCCAGGCACAACGAUGAUCGAAGUUCGAGGCGCGACGAGCACAGGAGUUCCAGAGACAGCGAGGAUGAGCACGAGGCGCGCAAAUCACCAGAGGAACAGAUAGGCAUCAGGUAUUACGGCGAGCCGGAUACACUGCAGGUCAAGCAGAAGCGAGCGGUGGACCUGCUGACUUUGAGGACUGGUGGAGCCUACACCCCACCUGCAAAAUUAUGUAUGUUCCAGGCAGAGAUCAUGGACAAGUCAGGUGUGGCGUAUCAGCGCAUCGCAUGGGAAGCGCUGAAGAAAUCGAUCAACGGUUACAUCAACAAAGUUAACACCAGCAAUAUAGGGAUCAUAACGAGAGAGCUGCUGCGUGAGAACAUUGUUCGUGGCCAAGGCCUACUGGCACGAUCCAUCAUCCAAGCACAGGCAGCCUCACCAACGUUCACACCAGUUUACGCAGCGUUGACGGCCAUAAUCAACUCCAAGUUCCCAUACAUAGGCGAGCUGGUGCUGAAACGUCUGAUUUUACUAUUCAAACGAGGCUUCAAGAGGAAUGACAAGUCGCUCUGCAUCUCCACAGGAACAUUUAUCGCACAUCUGAUCAAUCAAUGGGUGGCCUACGAGAUCAUAUCUCUGGAGAUCUUGACUCUGUUACUAGAAACACCGACAGACGAUUCCGUCGAGGUAGCUAUAGCGUUCCUCAAAGAAUGUGGCAUGAAAUUGACGGAGGUCUCACGGAAGGGUAUCGAGGCCAUCUUCGAGAUGCUGAGGAAUAUCCUGCACGAAGGGCAACUGGACAAGCGUGUUCAGUACAUGAUCGAAGUCACGUUCCAGAUCAGGAAGGACGGAUUCAAGGACCACGAGGCUGUUCUGGAAGAGUUGGAUCUCGUGGAAGAAGAGAAUCAAUUUACUCAUUUGAUAAGAUUGGAUGAGAAGAAAUUGGAGGCGGAGAACAUACUAAACAUAUUUAAGUUCGAGGCGGAUUACCUUGCCAACGAGGAGAAGUACAAAAAGUUGAGCAAAGAAAUUCUUGGUUCGGACGACAGUGACUCUGAGGGUGAUUACGAGGACGGCGAGGAGGAAAGUUCAGACGAAGACAGCGACACAGAACAGACUGAAGAAAAGGCAGCCGUGAUAACCGAUGACACAGAAACAAAUCUAACUGCUCUACGACAAAUCAUAUACCUAACGAUACAUUCGUCUCUUGACUUUGAAGAGUGCGCGCACAAGCUGAUGAAGAUGCAGCUGAAACCCGGUCAGGAAAUCGAGCUCUGCCACAUGUUUCUGGACUGUUGCGCGGAGAUGUGCACGUACGAGAAGUUCUUCGGCCUCCUGGCUGGCCGGUUCUGCGCCAUCAACAAGAUAUACGUGACGCCUUUCGAGCAGAUCUUCAAAGACUCUUAUCACACGAUACACCGUCUCAAUACCAACAAGUUGCGUAACGUGUCGAAAUUCUUCGCGCAUCUGCUGUUUACAGAUUCCAUAUCGUGGAACGUACUAUCGUAUAUAAAAUUGAAUGAGGACAUUACUAGUUCCAACAGGAUAUUCAUCAAGAUUCUGUUCCAGGAACUAUCCGAGUACAUGGGUUUAGCAAAAUUGAAUGAACGAUUAAAGGAUGUGACGUUGCAGAAAGCGUUUGAGGGUCUGUUCCCCAGAGACGAUCCAAAGAAUACACGUUUCGCGAUUAACUUUUUCACUUCAAUCGGUUUAGGAGGCUUGACGGAUGACCUGAAAGAACACCUGAAUCACCCGAAACCAACGAUUGUACCAGCGUUAAGCAACAGCAAGGAAGAUGAGCUUUCAAGUUCCGAUGAAUCUGUCUCCUCAUCUAGUUCAUCUAGUUCUUCCACAACUGAAUCUUCAUCAUCGUCAUCGUCAUCGGAGGAUAAAGUUCCGACAAAGAAGAAGAGUAAACAGAAAGAGAAGAGAUCGAAAUUAAAGAAGAAGAAGGAAGAAAAGCAUAAGAAAACAGCAAAAACGAAAAAGAAUAAAACGGCAAAAAAGGACAAAUAAGAUAGAUAUAAGUUAUAACUUAUUAUUAUUAUUAUUUAUGAAUAAUAUAGGUAUAUCAAUGUUUUUAUUCUUAUGAAAUUUUAUUAGUGACCAAGCUAACGACUUGUCGAAAGAAUUUUUUAUUCUUAUUUCAAUGAUAAGUAAUCUAUCAUACUUCCUGGAAAUAUUUUAUUACAUGUUCAGCAACAAGAAAGAAAUAAUAAAAAAUAAAUAUAAUAUUUAUUA